AUGGACGCCUUAAUGAAGGGCUUCUCGAAAGCUAAGGAUGGGGUCGUUGCAGCGGCGGAGAAAACCAAGCAGGGAGUGACUGGAGCAGCUGAGAUGACGAAAGAUGGGGUUAUGUUUGUCGGCACCAAAACAAAGGAUGGAGUCACAACAGUUGCAGGUAAAACUGUGUCUGGAGUGUCUCAGGUGGGUGGAGCUAUGGUUACCGGGGUUACCGCUGUGGCCCAGAAAACCGUGGAGGGCGCAGGUAAUAUUGCUGCUGCCACUGGAUUGGUGAAGAAGGAUCCAGCCAAACCAGGUGACGACCCCUCAGCAGUACAGAACAUGGCUGAGUCGCCGGUUGAAACCGACACUGCUGAUGUCACAGAGGAUGACACCGACGACUAA